AGAGGAAACACCUGUUGCUGUUUGACGUUUGUGCAUUGCACACGCUGAGUCCGCAGGUCGCAGACGCAGAGAUGCGUUUUGAUUGAGGGAGAUUUAUUUACUUACUAGUCGCCACUCCGAUGUUCUCUCUGGCCUAUGCUAUUCCUUCCUUCUCCACUUUCUUCUUCCCUCUCUCUCCAUUUCUCGAAUCCCUUCUCAUCCAAAAACCCGCAAUCAAUCAUCGAUCGAUUGAGCUAAUUAAGUGCCGCCGCUCUGAACCAUGGGAACGCUGGGGAAGGCUGUCUACACCGUCGGUUUCUGGAUCCGGGAGACCGGCCAAGCCCUCGAUCGCCUCGGUUGCCGCCUCCAGGGGAACCAUUCCUUCCGCGAACAGCUUUCCAGGCACAGGACUCUAAUGAACGUUUUUGACAAAGCUCCUGCUGUUGAUAAGGAUGUAUUCGUUGCUCCCAGUGCAUCUAUCAUUGGCGAUGUUCAGUUUGGAAGAGGCUCAUCCAUUUGGUAUGGAUGUGUUCUGAGAGGUGACGUGAAUAGCAUCCACAUUGGAACAGGAACCAACAUACAAGAUAAUUCACUUGUUCAUGUGGCAAAAACCAAUCUAAGUGGAAAGGUUCUACCAACUAUUAUUGGUGAUAAUGUCACGGUUGGUCAUAGUGCUGUCUUACAUGGAUGUACGGUGGAGGAUGAGGCGUUUGUUGGUAUGGGGGCUACAUUGCUUGAUGGUUCUUAUGUAGAGAAACAUGCCAUGGUUGCUGCUGGAGCUCUUGUAAGGCAGAAUACAAGGAUCCCCUGUGGUGAGGUCUGGGGAGGCAACCCAGCUAAGUUCUUAAGGAAGCUCACCGAAGAAGAGAUGGCUUUUAUCUCCCAGUCAGCUUUAAACUACACCAAUCUGGCUAAGGUCCACGCAGCUGAAAAUGGCAAAGGCUUCGACGAGAUCGAAUUCGAGAAGAUGCUCCGGAAGAAAUUUGCCAACCGGGAUGAGGAGUAUGACUCGAUGCUGGGUGUUGUCCGUGAAACACCCCCAGAGCUCAUCCUUCCUGAUAACGUGAUGCCAGCGGAUAAUAAACUAGCCAAGACUGCUUGAGAAAACCUCCUGGUAGGCUCUUUUUAGUUGGCAGUUGACAAUUUUUUUCCUUUGUAAGCGGGUUAAAAAAUGAGUGACUGCUUUUCCUAUUCCAAUAACUAGGGAGGGAUCAAUGUGCUCAGCUGGAAUCCUCUCGUGUGUUAGACAGACAACUCUUUGUUUCUGCUGCUUCAAAGAAAUGGAAAAAGAAUGAGAAGCGACGAAGGUUCAUGAAGCACAUAGUUCCGGAAUGGUGUUUUUAUUCAUCCAGAAGAGCAGAAAGUCUGGCUCGUACUUUUUGGCAUAAAACUGAUCGAUUUGAGCAGUUGGAGUUGAUUAUUUCGAUAUGACCAGUAGCCCCCUUUUUUUAUAAUGCAUCUGCUUGGCUUUUAUUUAAUCGGAAUGAUGGGGAAAGUUACAGUCUUCGCUAGAAGCUGCAAAAGGAAAAAAGUUAGACUUGGCAUCUCUAUUCACAAAAGCCCCAUUCAAAAAGUUAGAUGUAAUGCUUGAAUUUGGGGUGGUAAUGAGAAAUUCUUAAGUUUGAUUUUGGCAUA